CCAAAUUCUGCUAAAGUCGCUCAUAUAUAAUAGUAAUUAAGUUGUCGUCGCAUCGUUUGGUAAAAGCGGUUUUGAGCAAACUGGGGGAGAAAAGGCGGAAUUAGCAGAAAAAGUCUGUGUGCACCGGUUGGCUAUGGAGGGUACAAUAUUCUGCAGUCUAUAGCACGAACAUCUAGAAGGAAAGGCAAAGAAGCAGAGAGGAAAGCGAGAUUUGGCGGUUUGGAGGGUUUGUUUCAAUGGCUGUUUGAGGAUGAAGUGCGCCUAUAUUAGUUGAUUCAUCUGGCAGAACAAAUCAAAUCAGAGAGAGAGAGAGAGAUUUCAAGUGCCCUGAGAAAAAAGAUGGAGAAGGGAAAGAGAAGCACGAGCUACGGCGAUUUGGGGAUAAACAUAGCCGGGAGCUUCUUCAAGUCGAUAGAAGGCGUCGGACCCCUUUCACCCAGCACACGAAACACAAAGGUCACUGUUGUGGGCGUCGGAAAUGUAGGGAUGGCCAUCGCCCAAACCAUUCUUACACAGGAGCUAACAAAUGAGCUGGUAUUGAUAGACAUUCAGGCGGAAAAGCUAAGGGGGGAGAUGCUGGACCUGCAACACGCCGCCGCCUUUCUUCCUCGCACCAAGAUCGUGGCCGAUACGGACUAUGCUGUCUCUGCUGGGUCGGAUCUGUGUAUUAUCACCGCAGGGGCUCGGCAGCGCGAUGGGGAAUCGCGGUUGGGACUGGUGGAGCGCAAUCUCCACCUGUUCAAAAGCAUUGUGCCCCAGGUCGUUAAAUACAGCCCUAAUUCCAUCCUUCUGGUGGUGUCGAACCCUGUGGAUGUUUUGACCUACAUUACCUGGAAGCUUUCGGGAUUCCCGUCGAACAGAGUGAUUGGGAGUGGCACUAAUCUGGAUUCAUCGCGCUUUCGCUUCAUGAUCGCCGACCACCUGGAUGUGAACGCGCAGGAUGUGCAGGCGUUCAUGAUUGGCGAGCAUGGUGAUAGCUCUGUGGCGCUCUGGUCCUCCAUCAGUGUGGGAGGGAUGCCCGUCCUGAGCUUCCUGGAUAAGAAUCAGAUUCCCUAUGAGAAGCACCAUCUUGAGGCCAUUCACCACACUGUUGUAAAUAGCGCCUAUGAGGUCAUUAAACUUAAGGGCUAUACUUCCUGGGCUAUUGGGUACUCGGCGGCUAAUCUGGCCAAGAGUUUGCUGCGUAAUCAGAGAAGGAUCCAUCCGGUUUCUGUUCUGGCCAAGGGUUUUCAUGGAAUAGAAGAAGAGGUCUUUCUUAGCCUGCCUGCGCAGCUGGGCAGAGGAGGUGUGCUCGGUGUCGUUAAUAUCCAUUUGACAGAGGAGGAGAGCCUUAGUCUCAUGAAGUCCGCCCGGGCCAUUCUGGAUGUUCAACAGCGCCUUUCUAUUUGACAGUUUCUAUGUUCCUACGCCUUUUUGCUUUGUUGGUACAUGGUUUUUUAAGCCCCUGCAUACAUACAGGGUUUCGCAAUCCUAUUAUAUAGUUAGCCCAUAAGCUUAUUAUUGGCAGAAUAGCUGCGGAAGAUUCGACAGUAGCCCUUUUUGUCGGAUAUUUUGGCUGUGGCCCCUCUUUAAUUUUGAGUAUCGCCCCUUAUCCACGCCGCCAUGGAACUAUUGCAGACUAGGAUUAGUCUGCACCUCACAGGUUUGUUUGUCAGCUAAUGGAUGCAAGGUACAAUGGACAAAAUUGUGGUCGAAAUACUUAAUUUGUGACUUUUACACGGCAUAAUAUUUUAUUUUGGGCUUGUUUAUAUA